AUGCUGGGGACCUGCCUCAGACUUCUGGUGGGCGCUCUGUGCACUGUCUGGAGCUUGGGCACUGCCAGUGCCUAUCCAGACACUUCCCCACUGCUUGGCUCCAACUGGGGAAGCCUGACCCACCUGUACACAGCUACAGCCAGGACCAGCUAUCAUCUACAGAUCCACAGAGAUGGCCAUGUAGAUGGCACCCCUCAUCAGACCAUCUACAGUGCCCUGAUGAUUACGUCAGAUGAUGCUGGCUCCGUGGUGAUAACAGGAGCCAUGACUAGAAGGUUCCUUUGUAUGGAUCUCCGCGGCAACAUUUUUGGAUCGUAUCACUUCAGCCCAGAGAACUGCAGGUUCCGCCAGUGGACGCUGGAGAACGGUUAUGACGUCUACCUGUCGCCGAAGCAUCACUACCUGGUGAGCCUGGGCCGCGUCAAGCGCGUCUUCCAGCCCGGCACCAACCCACCGCCCUUCUCGCAGUUCCUGGCGCGCAGGAACGAGGUCCCGCUGCUGCACUUCUACACCGCGCGCCCAAGGCGCCACACGCGCAGCGCCGAGGACCCGCCCGAGCGCGACCCGCUGAACGUGCUCAAGCCGCGGCCCCGCGCCACGCCGGUGCCGGUCUCUUGCUCGCGUGAGCUGCCGAGCGCAGAGGAAGGUGGCCUGGCGGCCAGCGACCCCCUGGGGGUGCUGCGCAGAGGCCGUGGAGAUGUUCGCGGGGGUGCGGGAGGCGCGGAUCGGUGUCGCCCCUUUCCCAGGUUUGCCUAG